AUGGUUGACCGUUUCAACCGCACGCUGCUCAUCUAUCUGGCUAAAUUCGUAGAUGACCAUCAACGGAACUGGGAUGAACGACUGCCGUGGGCGCUGUGGGCCUACCGAGCAGCAGUUCACGAGGCUACUGGAUUCUCGCCCGCGAAGUUAACCUUCCGCCGGGAGGUGCGAUUGCCGUGUGAACUGCUGUAUGGCCGCCCAACACCCGACACAGAGAGCUACCCGGCCUUUGUAGGUAAACUACAAUCUCAUUUGCGAGAAACGCAUCAUGCCGCAAGGGAACACCUGAAGGCCGCGGCAGACCAGCAAAAGGACCGUUACGACCUACGCUCCCACACCGUCCAGUUCGAGACGGGUGAUCUCGCAUGGCUGUAUGCACCCGUUCGGAAAGUGGGACGAUGUCCGAAACUCCAAUCAGACUGGAUUGGACCCGCCACCGUGAUCCGCAGUUCUUCCGACCUAGUCUACGAGAUACGCCUUCCCGGAAAACGCGCCACCAGGACGGUACACGUAAACCGACUAGCGAGCUACAAGGAACCUGUUCCUGAAUAA